UGUUCGGAUUAAUCGUUUUAGUUGAGCUAUUUCUUCGCAGUUUUCUCUAUUCUUUGUUAAUUUCUGUUUGCGGUUGUAAAUUUCUCGUCAGUGACCUUUUGAGCUAUUUUUUCGCAGCUAUUUCUUCGCAGUUUUCUCAAUUCUUUGUUAUCUUCUGUUUGCGGUUGUAAAUCACUCAUCAGUUACCUUUUGAGUUAUAUAGUUUCACGGCUAUUAUGCUCUUCCAAUUUCUCCGUGUUUUGAGAAUUUUACUUUUAUUUUUAGUAUCCCGUCAUAUGUUUUCUGUGUAUCGGGAAAAGUUUCCGAGGAAAUUCUGUUUUUCGCCGGCUUUAUGUAUAAAAAUUGUAUCCCAACUUUGUAUUCCAUCUUUGUAUUAUAGAAGAAAAAAAUUCAAUGAAGAAAAAAAAAGAAAACAGAGAGAAAAUCACAUUGGUUCAUUUGCUUAAUACAUAUGAUAUUUUCCCCCUUUGCAUGCAAUGUGUAUUAUUUAGAGGUUGAAACUGAAGAAGAAAAGGAUUUUGUGAGAAAAACAUUGACGCUACACAAACUCCUGGGUCUCUCUCUCUUUUAAAGAAAAGUCCGCCAUUUUCGCUCACUCUCACUCUCCUCUCACUCAGAUUCUCCCUCUUUUCCACCUGCAAAACCCUUGUGUCCCGUUGUUUCGUUUCGUCUCCCUUUCUGGAAUCGGACGGGUCAAACACGCUGCUGGAUUGAGAAAUCAUUCGCCGAUUCUUAGAUUUUAGGGUUUCGUCAUGGAAGACGCAGCUUCAUCAGAUAUUCUAGAAGGAGAGAUUGUUGGAAUCAGAUUUGCUCUUGCUACUCCCCAUGAAAUCUGUACAGCAUCAAUUAGUGACUCCGCUAUCAAUCAUUCCAGCCAGCUGUCUAACUCAUUCUUGGGGCUACCUCUGGAAUUUGGUAGAUGUGAAUCUUGCGGUGCGACAGAGCCCGAUAAGUGUGAAGGUCAUUUUGGGUACAUUGAGCUGCCAGUGCCAAUAUACCAUCCUGCGCAUGUUAGUGAGCUGAAACAAAUGCUGAGCCUUCUGUGCUUGAAGUGCCUGAAUAUAAAGAAGGCCAAGAGCACAAGUGGUGGGCUUGCGGAGCGUUUAUUAGGUGUCUGUUGUGAGGAAGCUUCGAACAUCUCAAUCAGAGAAAAAGCAUCAGAUGGAGCUUCAUACCUAGAACUGAAGUUCCCAUCUAGAUCAAGACUCCAGGAAGGCUGUUGGAAUUUCCUGGAAAGAUAUGGUUACCGCUAUGGAAGCGACUACACACGGCCCUUGCUGGCAAGAGAGGUGAAGGAAAUUAUAAGACGGAUGCCCGAAGAAACAAGAAAGAAACUCACAGCAAAGGGACAUAUUCCUCAAGAAGGAUACAUACUAGAAUAUCUUCCAGUCCCGCCUAACUGUUUGUCAGUGCCAGAUGUUUCUGAUGGUUUCAGCUCCAUGUCAGUGGAUCCUUCCAGAAUUGAGCUCAAAGAUGUUCUUAAGAAAGUGGUAGCUAUAAAGAACUCCAGAUCUGGCGAGACAAACUUUGAGUCGCAUAAGAUUGAAGCCAAUGACAUGUUUAGAGUGGUGGAUACCUAUCUGCGGGUGAGGGGUACUGCGAAACCGACAAGGAAUAUUGAUGUGAGAUACGGGGUGUCGAAGAUCUCGGACAGUUCCUCCUCGAAAGCUUGGACAGAAAAGAUGAGAACACUCUUCAUUCGAAAGGGUUCAGGCUUCUCUUCUCGCAGCGUCAUCACUGGGGAUGCAUACAGGAAUGUGAACGAGGUAGGGAUCCCAGUGGAGAUUGCUCAGAGAAUCACUUUUGAGGAGAGGGUUAGUGUCCACAAUGUAGGUCAUCUUCAAGAUUUAGUGGACAACAAGAUGUGCUUGAGUUACACUCAAGGUUCUACAACCUAUUCUCUGAGGGAUGGUUCCAAGGGGCACACUGUGCUUAAGCCCGGGCAGAUUGUUCAUCGCAGGGUCAUGGAUGGGGAUGUUGUGUUUAUCAACCGACCCCCGACAACACAUAAGCAUUCUCUGCAAGCACUUCGGGUGUAUGUUCAUGAAGACAACACGGUGAAGAUUAAUCCUCUGAUGUGUGGCCCCCUCAGUGCUGAUUUUGAUGGUGAUUGUGUCCAUUUGUUCUACCCACAGUCACUUACCGCUAAGGCCGAGGUUAUGGAACUCUUCUCUGUGGAUAAGCAACUGCGUAGUUCACAUACUGGGCAGCUGAUUUUGCAGCUAGGCUGCGAUUCCCUCCUUUCUCUAAGGGUCAUGCUGGAGGAGAUGUAUUUGGACAAGGCAACUGCUCAACAGUUAGCUAUGUAUGGCUCUCUGUCUUUGUCACCACCAGCAGUAAGAAAGUCCUAUGAAUCUGGCCCGGCUUGGACAGUUUUCCAAAUUCUACAGCUUGCCUUUCCUGAGCGUCUGAGUAGUAAAGGGGACAGGUUCAUAGUUAGUGAAAGUGAUUUGCUGUGCUUUGAUUUUGGGGUUGAUGCGAUGCCGUCUAUCAUCAAUGGAAUCGUAACUGCAAUCAUGCUGGAGAAGGGUCCAAAGGAGGCUCUGGGAUUCUUUGAUUCACUGCAGCCUCUAUUGAUGGAAUUUCUAUCUGCUCAGGGAUUUAGUGUAAGUUUGGAAGACUUAUCCAUGUCUAGGGAAGACAUGAAUGUUAUUCACAAUCUUAUCACCCGAGAGAUUUCUCCUAUGGUGUCUCGCUUGAGAUUAUCAUAUGAAGAUGAAUUGCAACUAGAGAACAGCAUCCACAAAGUGAAGGAAGUGGCUGCUAACUUUAUGCUCAAGUCAUAUUCCAUGCGGAACUUGAUUGACAUCAAGAGCAACUCAGCUAUAAACAAGCUGGUGCAGCAGAUAGGCUUCCUGGGUCUUCAACUUUCAGACAAAAAGAAGUUCUACACGAAGACUCUGGUGGAAGACAUGGCUCAGUUCUGUAAGAGAAAAUAUGGCAGAAUCUCUUCCUCUGGAGAUUUUGGCAUUGUGAAGGGCUGCUUCUUUCACGGACUGGAUGCCUAUGAAGAGAUGGCUCACUCAAUAGCUGCAAGGGAGGUCAUUGUUCGAUCUUCCAGAGGGCUAGCUGAGCCUGGAACACUCUUCAAGAACCUGAUGGCUGUUCUGCGGGACAUUGUGAUUACUAACGAUGGCACCGUGAGAAACACUUGCAGCAACUCGAUAGUGCAAUUCAGCUAUGAAGGGAAUUCAGACCGUGGGCAUCAAGGGUUGUUUGAAGCUGGAGAACCUGUUGGCGUAUUGGCAGCUACUGCCAUGUCAAAUCCUGCUUAUAAAGCAGUGCUUGAUUCCACUCCAAGUAGCAACUCAUCAUGGGAGCUAAUGAAGGAAGUUCUACUCUGCAAAGUCAACUUCCAAAACUCUGCCAAUGAUCGGCGUGUAAUUCUGUAUUUGAAUGAAUGCCGCUGUGGUAAAAAGUAUUGCCAGGAAAAUGCUGCUUACACAGUUAGGAACAAGCUGAAGAAAGUUAGUCUUAAAGAAACUGCAGUGGAAUUCCUAGUGGAAUACAGAAAGCAACAAGCCAUUUCAGAAAUAUUUGGCAAUGAUUCAUCCCUACGUGGCCAUAUUCAUCUUAAUAAGACAUUGUUGCAAGAGUGGAACAUCAGUAUGCAGGAUAUACUUCAAAAGUGUGAGGAUGCAAUUAACUCACUAGUACAAAAGAAAAAGAAGAAAGCUGACGACUUCAAAAGAACGAAUUUGUCUUUCAGUGAGUGCUGCUCUUUCCGUGAUCCAUGUGCGAGCAAAGAUUCUGAUAUGCCGUGCUUGAUGUUUUCCUCCUACAAUGCCACCGAUCCUGAUCUAGAAAGAACUCUUGAUGUUCUUUGCCACACUAUUUACCCAGUCCUGCUGGAAACAGUGAUCAAAGGUGAUCCACGGAUUUUCUCAGCAAAUAUAACCUGGAAUAGUCCAGAAACGACAACCUGGAUCUGGAAUCGACAUGCGUCCCGCCGGGGGGAAUGGGUUUUGGAUGUCACCGUUGAAAAAUCUGCUGUCAAGCAAAGUGGUGAUGCAUGGAGAGUUGUUAUGGACUCUUGUCUUUCAGUGCUUCAUCUAAUAGACACAACACGGUCAAUCCCAUACUCUAUAAAGCAAGUGCAAGAGUUGCUUGGUUUAUCCUGUGCUUUUGAGCAAGCAGUUCAGCGUCUCUCAGCUUCUGUGAGAAUGGUCUCGAAAGGAGUCUUGAAAGAACAUAUCAUUCUCGUAGCAAACAACAUGACCUGUUCAGGGAAUAUGUUGGGUUUCAAUUCUGGAGGUUACAAGGCUUUGACCCGAUCCUUGAACAUCAAGGCUCCAUUCACAGAAGCAACUCUGAUUACACCAAGGAAAUGUUUUGAGAAAGCGGCUGAGAAAUGUCAUACAGAUUCUCUAUCAACAGUCGUUGGGUCUUGUUCUUGGGGAAAACGUGUGGAUGUUGGUACAGGUUCAAAGUUUGAGCUCCUAUGGAACAAAAAAGAGACUGGUCUAGAAAAUGAAAAUGAAACAGAUGUGUACAGCUUUCUCCAAAUGGUAAGAUCCACGACAAAUGCAGAUGCAUAUGCUUCUUCCCCUGGUUUUGAUGUUACAGAGGAAGACAUGGCUGAAUGGGCUGAAUCGCCCGAGCGAGACUCUGCUCUUGGAGAGCUCAAGUUUGAGGACAGUGCCGAGUUCCAAAAUAUACAUGAUGAAGGCAAGCCAUCAGAAUCCAAGUGGGACAAUGGUUUCAGUGGUGGCUCAGAAUGGGAUCUCUCGAGAAAUACAGGUGGUGAGGAAAACCCGCAGUCUGGUUGGGAAAAGACUACAAAUGUUGAAAAGGAAGAUGCUUCGUCUGGUUGGAACAGUAAAAAAGAUGCUCAAGAAUCUUCCAGGUCAGAUUCAUGGCGUGCUUGGGGCUCAAAGCCAAAAGAUAACGAUGCAAAUACAACACCGAGCUGGGAAACAAGACCAGCUCAGAAGGAUUCUAUGGUCAUAGAAAACAAUGAGCCUUCUGUUGACGUCUGGGGACCCAAAUCUGUUUCAGAAAAGGUUUGGAAAAAAAAGAACUCAAAAACUGAAUCAGCUCCUGCUGCGUGGGUUUCCAGGGACAAGAAGAACUCUGAAACUGAAUUAGAUGCUUCUGCUUGGGGUUUCGGGGACAAAGUGAACAAAGAAACAGAAACAGAUGCUGCUGCUUGGGGUGCCGGGUACAAAAUGAACAAAGAAACAGAAUCAGCUGCAUGGGGUUCUUGGGGCGAAAAGCGCUCAGAAACUGAGUCUGGUGAUGCAGGUUGGGGUUUUAGAAACAAUACGAAUUCUAAAGUUGAAUCAGGUGCUGGUGCUUGGGGUCCUCAGCCCACAAAGAGUUCCGACACUGGAUCAGGUACGCCUACAUGGGGUACUUGGGACAAAAAGAACUCAGAAACUGAGUCAGGUCCAGCUGCUUGGGGUUCCCCGGACAACAAGAACUCAGAAGGUGAAUUAGGUGCUACUAAUUGGGGUUUUAAGGAAAGAAAGAACUCGGACACUGGAUCCGGCUCUGCUGUUUGGGGUAAGAAGAAUUCUGAAACUGACCCAAGUCCUGCUGCUUGGGAUUCUUGGGGACAGCCAAGUGCCACUUCUUCAGACAAGGAUACUAAUGGGGAUGAUGGAAAUCCGUGGGUAUCCUUGAAGGCGACCAAUAGCGGAGAGAAGGAUGAGACUGAGACAAGACAGUGGGGAAUUCCAACCAAGAGAUAUCCAUCUUCUGACUCACAUGGUAGCUGGUCCAAUGGUGGUGGUGCAGAUGGGAAGAAGAAUCGUCCUCCUAGGACCCCUGGAUCUGAGAUGAAGUUGGCUCCCAUGUUUACAGCAACAGGACAGCGCUUGGACAUGUUCACCUCAGAGGAGCAAGAGCUUCUCUCAGAUGUCGAGCCAGUCACGAGGAAACUCAGGAACAUAUUGCAUCGUUCCGGGUACCCUGAUGGAGAACCAAUCUCGGAUGCUGACAAGUCAUAUGUCCUGGAGCACGUUUUGAACUUCCAUCCUGACAAAGACUCCAAGCUUGGUUCCGGUGUUGAUUUCAUCACGGUCGAUAAGCACACGACGUUUACUGAAAGCAGGUGCUUCUUUGUUGUCUCAACCGAUGGGGCCAAACAAGACUUUUCAUACAGGAAAUGCAUCAUCAACUAUGUGAUGGAGAAAUUCCCCAACCUGGCUGAAGAAUUCAUCGGCAAGUACUACAAAAGGCGGGAUGAUGCAAACAGAGAAAGGAGCAAGCAAGACGCCACUCAGCCUCAGUCACAGCCGAAUGGCAAUGGAGGUGAAGACUCUCAGCCGAUUGGUGAUGGAGGUGAAGACUCUCAGCCUCAGGCUCAGGCUCAGCCGAUUGGUGAUGGAGGUGAAGACUCUGAGACACAGGCUGAGACUCAGCCUCAGGAAUAGGCCCAGUCGAUUGGUAGGAGAGGUGAAGACUCCUCUAAACAUCAUCCACUCUUUUAUUUUGAGAUGUACAUAAAGAGUGGAGAGAAUGUCUCGGUUAUUUUUCAUUUAAAGACUCUGAUGUCCUACUGCAAAACAAUGUGUACAUUGCAGUUUUGUCUAGUUGCAGAUCUUAUUGUCUGGAAAUAAGUUUUAGGUUUCAGUGACUGGUUUAGUUUUGGAGUCUUGCGGCAUUGUAAUUUUCUCCGGUGAUGCCUUGACAUUGACUAAUUUAUUAGACAAUGCAUUUG